AUGAGCACAUCUCAAACCACCGGCUCUAUCACAUUCACGCUCUUCGACCCCAAGACGCACGUACACCUCCUCCCAUCGUUCGUGCAGAUCCACAUCGACUGCAUCACCCAUUCGCACACGGUCGCGUCCUUCCUUCCCCCGCUUGACCGCGAUGCCCUCACGACAUAUUGGACGAGCAAAGUCGACGAGGUGCGCGCAGGCAAGCGCGAUAUCAUCCUUGCACUGGCCCCGGGCACAGAUGGCGACGGCGAUGACGGCGUCCUCGCGGGAUACGUCAUGCUUGCGGACCACCGCGUCCAGGCGGCGCCGACGGCUGGCGUCGAGAAGCUGCUCGUCUCGCUCGACUUUCGGCGGCGCGGGGUUGCGCGGAAGCUCAUCGUAAAGCUGGAGGAGAUCGCGUGGUCAAAGGGCUUGACUUCACUGGUGCUCGACACGGAAGAAGGCAGCACGGCCGAGCUCAUAUAUCUUCGCUUCGGAUAUACUGCAUUCGGCAAAAUACCCAACCACGCUAUCUCCCCCAAAGACGGGUCCAAAAAGACGCUCACAUACUUUUACAAGCAUCUUGAAGACGGGCGGCUGGAGGCGUAG